CUUCGGUGCCCUCCGAGGAAAAUUCGACACUGGCUGUGCGAUACGUGUGCUCAAGAGCGGCAUGCCAAGAUCAAAGUGCCGAUGCACUACAACUUCUGCAUCGUCUGCGGUACUGGUGGGGACCUGGUGAACAAGUGUGUCACCUGCCGACACACGUCCCACGCCAAAUGCGAGCCUCUACACCAAGGGCGAUGUACACUAUGUGCGAGGAACUUGAGUGAACGCACCAAGAGGCUCGAACUGUAUAACUGGGCGAUGAUACUCGCUCGACAGAAAGAACGAAGGAUUCCUGUGAUUCAAGGAGAGCGUAUUGAAUUUGACGCCAGCGGUACUAAGUUGAGGGGAAGUAUAUGGGGAACUAGCGAGAUAAUCCACGCUCUCACGGAGAAGCUCGUUGUCACUAGAGGAGGUUCUGUCGUUCGUCUUCGAGGGCGAUACACUCCUGUUACGGCGGAGUCAGCGUGCGGAGGUGCUGCCCAUGGAACUAAGGAGUGCCCUCAUCCGCGAGUUAUGGAGUUAUUCGAGAACGGUCUCCCAUGGGACAGAUGGCAGUGCAUUUUAAGUUACUGUCAAUCCCACGGGAGCUCUGACAGCGGCAUUCCGACUUGGCUCGAGGAACUACCGUCGCCGCGCAUCCUGGAGAAUCGAGUUUCCCGAAUAUCUUCCCAGACGAGAAAACGGCCCCGGCAAUCUCUGGUCUGCGACAACCCGUCGGCAGCGGGUUCGCGAAGGGCAUCUGCUGCCGGGAGCAGCGGAGAUACUUCGUUCGAUCAAUUCAUGUUGCAACUGCAUGUGGCGCGAAAUCAAGGCACCUCUAGGCCGGGUAGUCGGCAGCACAGCGUGUCCGGUAGCGUAGGGCAGAC